CCUCCAGGCUCUGGUUUGAACAGGCCAGGGUUUGAAUCCUGCCUCUAGUUCGCUCACUAACUGCCACUUCUGGCACGUAGGAUAGUAAAAAUACCACCUUCAUGGGAUUGUGAAGGUUAAUGGGAUGUCCGUUUCAGUGCUCCACAAUUGGUAGCUGUCGUUUUUUAGUUUACCACGAGAAUCCUUGAUCAUGAACAACUCAUUGCCUUAACCUUUUCUCCUGCUUCAGCAUAUGAGAUGUGCCUCUGCAAACCAGUACUCCAGGUGCAGUAGGCGUUUGGAUCUUGACCCUGUAUCUAAGGCUUUUCUUCCUCUUUCACCCGUUUCCUCCUCUUCAUGUGCUCCAGGCAAAACAGGGAGGCUGGGUUGAAGCCACAACGGGCUGGUCGGAGGGAGUACAUAACAGGUUCGAGGCCCGCAGGGUCAUCGUGGCCUGUGAUCUGAAAGAAGGGGUGUGGAGAUGGGUGGAGCAGAGCGGAGGAGGGUGCACACGGGAGUGAGAAAGAAGGAACAACUAAUUUAGGUCCUAAGUCCACUUGGGCAAUGAGCGUCAAAAAGAGAUAUCUCUUCCAUCCUUCUUCAAUCUGUCCUCGGGAAGGAGGACAAACGCCUAAGGAAGCCCCCACACGACUCCUCUGAGCCCAACCCCGCAGGGGGCCCUUAGGGAACUCGAGAUCGAGAUUAGACCUCCGAGCUGCCUAGAUGGCCCCGGAAGUGCGCGUCGAGGAACCCGCGUUUCCGGUCUCCCUGGAGGCCGUGGUGGCGGCCGCUGCUGUUCUCGGCCAGCUGAGGGCUGGCUGCCUCCCCCCUGUGUCGGGUUCUGAAGACUUUUUAGAGAAGACCUUGGCCUUGGAGCGGCACCGGGGUGCCGGUGGAGCGGCACUCCAGCCCAUGGAGAAGACGCCCGAGCAGAUGUCCCUGGAUUCCCCGUGUCCAUCCCCCGAGCAGGAGCCUCGAAAGACCACGGAUGGUGAGACCUGGACUGAGGAUCAAUUAAUUAUAAAGCAGAAAAGUCUUGAAGUAGGGACACGACCACAUGAAGGAGAUGAAUGUGAACAAAACAAACAUGAGGGACCCUAUGAAUAUGGACGAAACUUCAGUAAUAUGUCAGACUUCAUCCAGCAGUCAUAUGUUCUUAUUGAAGAGAAAUCUCAAAUGUGCAACGUUUGUGGGAAAUUAUUCAGGCGGAAUGCAUACCUUACUCAGCAUAAGAAAAUCCACAUGCAAGAGAAGGCUUACAAGUGUCAUGAAUGUGGAAAAGCCUUUGGCCAUAGUUCAAAUCUGUCUCAGCAUCAAAGAAUUCAUACCGAGGAGAAACCCUAUGAAUGUGAUGAGUGUGGGAGGGCCUUCCGGCGCAGCUCACACCUCGUCCAGCAUCAGGUCACCCACACGGGAGAGGUGUCUUACGUGUGUAACGAGUGCGGAAAAGCCUUUGGCCGGAGCUCAAGUCUCCUCCGACAUCAAAGAAUCCACUCUAGGGAGAAACCCUAUGACUGUACCGAAUGCGGGAAGGCCUUCAGCCAGAGCUCACAUCUAACAGCACAUCAGCGAGUUCACACCAAAGAGAGACCCUACGAGUGCAGCGACUGUGGGAAGGCUUACAGUCGGAACUCACACCUUGUUGAACAUCAGAGGGUCCAUACAGGAGAGACUCCUUAUGGCUGUAAUGAGUGUGGGAAAUCUUUCAGUAGGAGUUCACUCUUUUUCAAACAUCACAGGAUUCACACUGGAGAAAGACCCUAUGAGUGCAGUGAAUGUGGGAAGGCCUUUAGUUGCAACUCCUACCUCAUUCAGCACCAGAAGACUCACAGUGGAGUAAAAUCUUCUAAACAUAAAGAAUGUGGGAAAACCUUCAAGCACAAUUCAUACCUUAUUCAUCACCUGGGAACCCAUACAAGAGAGAAACUAUAAAUGAAGUGAAUGCGGUAAAGCCUUUUGUCGGAGUUCAGCUCCGACAUCAGAGAACAUCAGAGAACUUGCACUGGGGAGAAACCUUUGUAGUGAAGGUGGACCGUCUUCAGUCAUAGUUCACCUCUUACUAAGACCUGAGAAGCCACACAGUAGACAGAUCUCUCAUGCAUUCAGUGCAUGAGAACCUUUGGACAGAGUUCCCGCCUUACUCAUCAUUGGCCAGUUCACACUGGGGGAAUGGUGGGUAUGGGAGAGCCUUGCUGUGUGUCAGAAGGGGGUGCGAAAGGGGUAGCGUAACACCAUGGAGGGGUGACUGAAAUGGAACCUUUAGUUUGCACUACUUUUUAUUUGAUCUUGAGGAUCCACAUCAGAGGGAGAUUUCAUGGUUUGUUUUUAAAAUCUCUACAGUCAUCCUCUGAAAAUGGGAUGAGUUAGGUCCACUCCAGGGAAGAACAAAUCAGGGGAAUUCAGACUCAUGGAUCAGGAAAGCAGCAGGAUGACCCUUGAACCCAAUAGUUUCCUUCUAUCUCACCUGUCCUGUUGGUUGUCACUGUACAUGGAAGUGGCUCUUGGGUUUUCUGGGGCCACCAUUUUCGCUCCUCAGUAUCCUGCAGACUACUGAAUCUCUUUUUGUUUUAUAAGUCAUAGAAGCUUUAAAUAAAUGGGCCAGUUUUCUAAGCCAAAUAAUUUCUCAGUAUCACAUGUCAUGGGCUUUGCUAUGUGCAGAAUCCAGGAGACAACCGCAUGUGUCAGACUUCCCCUUUCUUCUGUUUUUCAGUCUGUCUGGGCUCUAGGGGAGAUUCUUGGGACAGUUAUAGGGCAGAAGAGAGGCAGCAGUGAUUUUGUAGCUCACAUGUGAUGUUGUUGCUGAUCUGUUGACUCACCUCACUGGGGCUGGACCUGAAACUAGUCUGCCUUCCCCUGGAUUCUUCUUUGCCUUUAUUGGGUCAGGGGUGUGAGUGUGUGUGUGUCUGUGUGUGUCUCAUCAUGGUUUUCCUUCUCUGAUUGAAUUCUAGUCGUACACAUGCUUUGCUCUCAUACCCUUAAAUUUUUUUUCCCACCAGUUGCUGUUAUCUUUGUAACUGCCAUCCACUUAGCACAGGGCACUGCUUCUGCUCCAUCGAAACUGAUUAUAUCCAGGUUGCCAGUGGCUUAGCUAAUGAAUCCAUUGGCCACUUUCCUUCAGCCUUGGGUUUUUUGACCCAGGCUCGAUGGAAGGAGUGGUAGGAGGGACCUUUGCACUGGGAGUGGAACCAGCUGUUGGGUGGGGGCCCUAUGAGCCUGCUUAUUGAUAGGUUCUGGUCGUGUUAUAUGCAGUAAAACUUCGGUUUGGGUAACUUGGGUUUUCCCUUUAGAGCCUGGGACCUGGGAAACACAGAACCCAGGGGAGUCAGAGCUCUGAAGUUUCUAGCUCCAGCUCAUGGGCUCUCCACCGACUCUUCCAGCCGACAGUUCCCUCCUUCCUUGUCUGUCUCUCUACUCUGGACCUGGGAAAGCACGAAAAUGCUUCCUGAGGACACGAUACUUACAUACACUUCCUAAAUUUCUGAUACUUAUGUACACUUUCUUAUGUACACUUAUGUACUUAUGUACACUUUCUCAAUUUCUGAUCCUGGGAGGGGCUGGCUUGGCAGCCCCUUGAAUACAGCCUUGGGCCCCCCCAUAGAGGCAUUUCCUAUGCUCUGGUUGAAGAGGUAAGAAGAGUCUUUGGGCAAAGGGAGAUAGGAGGAGGAGGAAGACAAAUUUCCACAGUGGCACCCAGAAGUGACUGCUUUCAUCCCCACAAAAGCCCAUCACAGCCCUCAGCUUGAAAUCAACAAGACCCUUCUCAUCCCAGCUCUGCCCACCGACUUCUCCAGCCCUCUGUGGCCACCCCUUCUGCCAGUCAUUCUGAAAUUCAGGGGCACAGUAUUUUUCAAAUGUAGGUCAAGAGCCACUCAGGCAGGGGUGGGGCCAUAAAAUUAAUUUAUUGUAAUGAGUUGCGACCAGCAAAGGGUUAAAAAAAAAAAAAAAGUAGGCAGAAUUAGAAUUGACUAGAAAACAUCCAUCAUAAAGGUAAGUCAGACUUUUGUCCUGUUUGUGCACAAUGGUGCAUAUGUACAAAGUACAACGUACAGUUGUUCUCGCUGGAGAGCAGGUAAAAAUCUCUGCACAUUGCAGUCCCUGUUUGGGCAUAAGAUUCUGUCUAGAAGGGCCUCCUUGGCACGUCUUCCCUUGGACUGAAUUGUUCUCACUCUGCAUUUCCCACAGCGUGCUCUACUACUUUGUGCACUGGUCACACUUUUAGAAAAUGAUUUAUCAGUUGCCUGUUGGUGCUUAGCUGCAAGCUUGGUGAGGGCAGGGACUGUGUGCGCCUCCCCUGACAUCUGUCAUUAGAGAAGGCACUUGUGUUGAGUGGCUGAACGAUAAACCCAGGUCCAGGUUCUGGCUGUGUGUGUUCUCAGACAAGGUCUCUUUGUUUUAUCUGACUUUUUAUCUGAUUUACAUACAGGAAACUUGAAAGAGUAGACUAAUGAACACCCUAUAUAUCCUCCACUUAGAUAAACAGUAUCACCAUUUUUCCAUAUUUGCUUUCUAUUUAUGUGUUUCCCCACCCCCUGAAUCAUUUGAAAGUAAGUUUCACCCUGAGUAUUGGGUUGGCCAAAAGUUUGUUCAAAUUUUCCUGUAACAGUAAAAUCUGAACGAACUUUGUGGCCAACCCAAUACUAUGGCAUGCUUUUCCUAAGAGUCAGAUCAUUCUUGUACGUAAUCACAAGACUAUUAACAUACCUAAGAAAAAGAAUUAAAUUCCAUAAUACCAUCUAAAAUGCAGUCUGUAUUUAGAUUUUCCUUGGUUGUCCCAAGAAUGUGUUUUAUAGCUAGAUUAUUUCAAAUCAGAAAAAAAAAAUCAGGAGUCACAUUACAUUUGGCUUUAUAUCUCUUUAGAUUCUUUUAAUCUAGAAGAGUCCCACCGUUUUUUUUUUUUUUUUAAAUGACUGACUUCUGGAGGAGUCAAGAACAGUUAUCUUUUAUAACUUUCCAUGAAAUUGAUUUCCUUGUUUUCCUGAGGUGGCGUUAGCUUCCUCCUUACCCCCCUGUAUUUUCUCUCAACUGGAACGAGGUCUAGAGGCCUGAUGAUCCACUUCUGGCAAGAGCACCUCACAGGCGAUGCCUCCUUCAUAUUGCUGUCACCUCAAGAGGCACAUGACAUGAGAUUACUCUACCCCAACUAAUACUGUUUGUUUACCGGCUUAAGGGAAGGACUGCCAGAUCUCUUCUGUAUAAAGAUACGUGUUUCUUUUGCAAUUUUUUUUGUUUAUUGGCUUAAGGGAGUGACUGCCAGAUCUCUUCUGUAUAAAGAUAUGUGUUUCUUUUGCAAUUAGUAAUUUGUAAGGAGAAUAAGCUUUAGCACCAUGUGAAGAAUCUGUUCCUCCACAGCCUAAUGUUUUUAGUAAUUGUCCAUGAUUUUUUAGCAACCAUUCAUGUGAUAGUUUGGACAUGUUCUUAACCAGGGGCUCAGUUUUUCCAUCUGUCGCCUGGGCAUAAUCAUACCAGUGAUUUGGAUUUGCUGUAUGAUGACAUUUAAAAGUGUGACAGGGUGUGUAUGAAGAUGCUGUUACAGUCUGCCAUAAUUUCUCCCUUCUUCUGAGAACACCGUCCCUCUUCCUUUUUAGAACGUUCUUUCGCUACUCCAGAUAAGUGGUCUGAUAUGAUCUCUAGUGGCCUUGGCCUGCAACUGCUUGGAGCGAGGCUUGGGUGCCCGGCCAGAUUGCAGUAGCACCAUAUCCUAGCCACUAGACCAGUGGUCAGUGACAAGGGCCCUGACCCUUUGGCUUUGCAGAAAAGAAUUCCCACAAAGACAGAAAAUAGUGAAACAGUACUAAAGAGGGGAAAAAAAUACAGUACAUGUUGAUAGACUCAGGGAGAGAGAGAGAGUCAAUGAGUGGCCCCCUUGUGGCAGUUGGAAUUACUUUUAUGGGGCAUUUCUUCCGGUUUUCCUUUAGCCAAUCAUUUUGAUUUGCGUGGUCCAUAUUUGGUACAUCUCAGGAUCCUCCCAUGUGUGCACACGCAUCUCUUAGCCAAGAUGGAUUUUACUGAAAAGGCAUAUGGAUAGGGAACAUCCCUUGGUAUCACUUCCCUUUGGCCUCCAAGGAGCCUUUUCUGUGCAUGUGUGGUCAGGGAGGUCUUCUGACUUCAAGAAAAGAAAUGUGUCGUCUGGGCAGGGCCCAGCCUCCUCCCUUACAUAUCCUGCUAUUCUUGUCCUGGAGUUUCGGUCCAUUAGGAAUGAAUCUCUAAAUCGCUUUACCCUGGGGGUCCCAUCUGCCUCCUUCCUCAAAACCUUCAACUUCUUAGAUUAUCCUACCUGCUUGGCCUCUGUGGGGCACAGCUGACGCAUCUUCUUCGGCCAGAGUGGAAUGAGCUUGUGACCAGAGCUGAGUCAGUCAGAAUCCCUGGGGAACUGGGAACCAAGUAGGGGUGGGAAUAGGGUGAAGAAAACAUUCUUUUUCCUGAGGGUGACUAAAAGUGAGGCUGUGAGUCUGGAAGUUGACUAUUUCCCCUGCCACCUGGAGAAGAACAGCCUCUGGGGUGGAGGGAUCAAAAGCCAUCUCUGAGAGCAGGGCAGAGAGGUCUCCCUGGCCUGGCUCCAGGCCUUCCCAACUGUACUCUGCCUUGCCCCAGCUAAGCCAAGAAAGACCUGUCUUGCCUGAGGCCUUACAAACUGGGGUCUGAACCUUAUGACAGACAGAAUACUGAUUAUACAAUGAGUCCCUCACAUGAUGUAUGUUAGACGCUUCAGUCAUGCCUGACUGCGACCCCAUGGACUGUAGCCCGCCAGGCUCGUCUGUCCAUGGGGUUCCCCAGACAAGAAUACUGGAGUGCCGUUUCCUUCUCCAGGGGAUCUUCCCCACCCAGGGAUCAAACCUGGGUCUCCCACUUUGCAGGCGGAUUCUUUACCAUAUGAACCACCAGGGAAGCUCUGUUUCACAUGAUAGAUAAUCACCUCUCACAUGUUAGGUGAUUCAAUAAAUUAAUGGUUCAUCAGCUCUCAUCCUUUCCUGUUGUCUUUGAAUAUGUGCCUGCUAGUGGAGAGGUGUGUUGAGGUGCCAGACACGAUCCUGGUUC